CGUAUUUUGACGUUUCGAUCUUGCAUGUAUACUUGGGAAAAUAUAAUUUUUUGUAUAUAAGAAACAAAGUAAGUAUGUGCUUGAAUCACAUACUUUUCUUUUAAUCGUGUAAUUAAAAAAUUUAUCAGAAACUGCUUUGGGCAAGAUGUCUGCUGGGCACUUGGAUGUUGAAUGUGUGAAAUAUGCUUGCACUUGUGGUCAUUUAAAAACACUGCACCAGUUAUUUUUUUGCCGAUACUGCUCCCAACUAAGAUGUUCAUUUUGUGUAACUCAUGAGGUUGACUCUCAUUACUGCGGGAAGUGUUGUGAAAAUCUUCCUUCUGCUGAAGCAAAAUUGAAAAAAAAUAGAUGCAUUAAUUGUUUUGUCUGCCCUUGUUGUUUUCAUGAGCUCUCAACGCGUGCAGCAAACAAAACAAAUGCUGAGGAAAAUAAGACAUAUAAAAGAACUUAUUAUUUAUCAUGCCUUUGUUGUCGGUGGAGCUCUAGAGAUAUAGGUUUGCCGGACCAAGUGGCUGCAACUGGUUCAUGGCCAAAACGAGAAAGUGUACAUGCAAAUCGAGUUCAGGACAUAAUAAACAUGCAUAGGGCAAUACAAGAGAAAGAAAAAUUAGAAAAAGAAUUCUUCAAGAAAAAACAGAAAGAAAAAAUAAUUUCUUAUACUGAUAAAACUGGUGUCACUGCUGCUGCCUUGAGAAAGAGAAUUGGACUUCCAGAAGAUAAACCUCUCAUGAAACCUAAGAAUACUGUGAAAAUAGCAACUCCUUCAAAAGCAGAGGAGAAUAUUGAUGAUUUUGAUGAGGAUAUUCUAACUAAACCUCUCAAUUUAAUGGAGCUUACAACUUUGGAACAAAGAUUGCUUCAGCCAGAUCUUCAGCCUGCAAAUUUAAGCAACAUCUUUCCUAUCCAAAAAAUGCUUUCUAUUAAGCGUGUUUUGAGGUGUAGGAGUUGUGAUCAUAAUGUUAGUAAACCAGAGUAUAAUCCAAACUCCAUCAAAUUUAAAAUACAGCUUUUUGCAUUAUAUCAUGUUCCAGAGAUACGUAUUAUUACUGUGGAACCAUUGAGAGCUGGUAAAUGUUCUGAAUUAAUUCUAAAGUUCACAAACCCAACUCAACAUCAAAUGGCCGUUUCAUUGUUGCCAUAUGACUCUAUUAUUGAAAAAACAAAAAACCCUAUUUUGGAAUCUGAUAGCCCUAAGAAGGAAGAGCUUUCUUCAGAAGAAUCUGAUAAGUCUCUUACACCCACAAAGAGGAGGAUACCUAGUGGAAUUAAAUAUGUUUCAAUGAUGGAAGACGCAGCUUUAAGUCAGGUAACCCGAUCUGCCCGUAUUAUUCCUCCAAGGCCUAUAGAUGCAGAGAUUAAUUGUUCAGUAGGAUUUUCAUCAAAUACUUUCAUUCUCCCACCAAGAGAUGAUGCUGCUGAAUAUGAUGAUUAUAAUGAAACUCAAAAUAUUCAAGAUGAUAAGAAGUUGAUAAUAUGGAGAAAAUCCAAUAAAGCUUAUGUCAAAUGUGUUGCUACCCCUAAUGAAGAGAACCCUAUUGGUACUACAAUUUUUGUUGGUCUUACAAUUUCUCAUAUCCAUACCAACAUCAUGGGACCAGCUGUUGAUAAUAAAAAACUCCAAAAAACAGAACAUAAGUGUAAAGUAGUUUUUAAUCUUGGUAAAUCUGUAGGUUUAGAUUAAUUUGUUGAAGAAAAAUAAUUUACAAUUUUUUUUCUAAAUAUAGAAAAUAUGUUUAA